UCACGUCAGAACGACACGUCGUUUCACUGCAGUUACAGAUCCCACCAAUACAAAUGGUCUGAUGUUUCCUUCCAACGUUUUCCCAGUAAACUAACGCAAAACAAACCAACCGAAGUCCAAAUGGUGGAUUCGAUGUCAACUCCACCGCCGAGGGCCGCUAAUGACCUCUUCUUGGACUCACUCGAUACCCACCCUCUCUGGUUCAAACCUAACCUCUUCCUCUCCCCAACCUUGGACACUGAGUCCUACAUCUCGGAGCUACGCACCUUCGUUCCCUUCGACACUCUCCGCACGGAGCUCCAGGCCCACCUUGCCUCACUCAGCCACGAGCUCAUUGACCUCAUAAACCGGGAUUAUGCCGAUUUCGUCAAUCUCAGUACCAAGCUUGUCGAUGUGGACGCUGCUGUGGUGCGCAUGCGGGCCCCGCUACUGGAGCUCCGGGAGAAGAUCGAGGGAUUUAGAGGAAGCUUGGAGGGGUCACUUGUGGCUUUGAGGAAUGGAUUGCAGCAGAGAUCGGAGGCGGCCGCGGCGAGAGAGGUUUUGGAGCUGUUGUUGGAUACGUUUCACGUUGUCUCUAAGGUUGAGAAACUUAUAAAGGAGCUACCAAGUGUGCCAGCUGACUGGUCAAAUGGAGAUUUGAGUUCAACUAUAAAGAAUGCUAUGAGCAAUGGCACUUCCUUACAACCUGUUGAGAGUGGAACAAAUCUCAGAGAGACUCAAAGCAUGCUUCUGGAGAGAAUUGCCAGUGAGAUGAAUCGGCUAAAGUUCUAUAUGGCUCAUACACAGAACCUUUCUUUCAUCGUGAACAUGGAGAAGAGAAUUCAAAGUGCAAGCCUUUUGUUGGAUGCAAGUUUGGGACGUUGUUUUGUAGACGGGCUGGAACACUGAGAUGAAAAUGCAAUUUACGAUUGUUUACGUGCAUAUGCUGCUAUUGAUAAUACCAAGAGUGCAGAAGAAAUUUUUCGCACAACUAUUGUAGCUCCACUAAUAUGCAAAAUUUUUCCACAUGGACCAUCGGGAAUGGUUGCUGGGGUGUCUGGAGAUGGACUUGAAAAUGAUUAUCACCAAAUUAAACAAUGCAUUCAGAAAGACUGCAAAUUCCUUUUGGAAAUUUCUUCUGCAGAGAAUUCGGGUCUGCAUGUAUUUGACUUCUUAGCCAAUUCAAUUUUGAAGGAGGUUCUCUCAGCAAUUCAAAAGGGAAAGCCAGGUGCUUUUUCCCCUGGAAGACCAACUGAAUUUCUGAUGAAUUACAAGUCAAGUUUAGAUUUCUUGGCUCAGCUUGAAGGCUAUUGUCCAUCCAGAUCUUCAGUUGCUAAAUUUCGAGGAGAAGUUGUAUAUGCCGAGUUCAUGAAACAGUGGAAUAUAGGGGUUUAUUUCUCUUUAAGAUUUCAGGAAAUAGCAGGGGCUCUUGAUUCUGCACUUGCAGCAACCAGUCUUGUCCUAGUUCAGAAUUCACAUUCUGGUCAUGGAAAUUUGCAAGACCUAUCAUUAAAGCAAAGUGCCACUCUUUUAGAGAGCUUGAGGUCUUGUUGGAGAGAAGAUGUUCAUAUCCUCUCAUGCUCUGAUAAGUUCCUUCGCUUAUCUUUACAGCUUCUCGCAAGAUAUUCAAAUUGGUUAUCAUCUGGACUGGCUGGCUGGAAGACCAGUAAUGCAGCCUCUCAUUCUGGAUAUGAAUGGGCUGUUUCAGCUGUGCCUGAUGAUUUUGUUUAUAUUAUUCACGACAUAACUUACCUGGCCACUGAGGUUUGUGGUGGCUACCUCGAUCAUGUACUUCAGUGCCUAUCUUCAUGUUCUCCUGACAUUCUUGAUCUGGUAAAACAAAGCAUUUUACAAGGUGGAAAGUCAUUAAAUGAUUUAGCACCUCUUGCUAUCAACGCAAUCAUAGAGUUGCUAGUUGAUAAGGCUGUUGAGGACUUGAGACAAGUGAAGGGAAUAACUGCAACUUACAGGAUGACUAAUAAGCCUCUUCCUCUCAGACACUCACCCUAUGUGUCAGGGGUGUUGCGUCCUUUAAAGGCUUUUCUGGAUGGGGAGCGAGCUAUGACUUAUUUGACCAAGGAAACUAGGAACGAAUUACUGCUUUGUGCUGCAGCUGAAAUAACUGGUCAUUAUUAUGAAUUAGCUGCUGAACUUGUCAGCGUGGUUUGUAUCCAAAAUGAAAUUCUUUUAACUUCACAGAAUUUUUUUAUCUUGAAAUUCUUUAUUUUGGUGUACUUAUUUUGUCAUACCCGGGCUAGGAAAACAGAAUCUUCACUCCAGAGAAUACGGCAGGGUGCUCAACGACGAGCUGGAGCGAGCUUAGAUGUCUCAGACCAGAGUGUUUCUGAUACUGACAAGAUAUGCAUGCAGUUGUUCCUUGAUAUCCAGCUAAGCUACAUUUCUCUCUUUCACGAGCAUGGACGCAACCUCAUUGCCCUCGGUAUUGGGGCAGCCAACAUUCCAGCAUAUCGUUCCUUGUGGCAAUGUGUCGCUCCUCCAGAUAAGCAAAGUGUGAUUAAUUUGUGAGUGAACAUUGCCUACAGGCACCUUGUAGAUGUAAUUUUUUUUUUCCCAAUAUAACAAAUUCAAAUUAUUUGAUUAAAAGUUUUGAGUUUGCUUUGAAAUUCAUUUUUGUUUGUUUAGGAUACUUGGUUAUUAAAGUAUUCUUUAUUAUUAUUUUUUUUUUUUUUUUACUAUAAGCAAUAUUUUGUACUUGCAACUUUGGUGCAUCUCGAAAUAGUCAGUAUUAUAAUGGGCGAUAAUCUUGAAGUCAUUAUCAUUUUCAA